AUGGUUUAUAUUUCUAAUAACUAAUAAAAUCCAUAAUUUUAUAUUUAGUUACAUAUAAUUAAAAGAUUUGUGACCGGAUUAAAUUAAAAUCAGAGUGAUAAAGAACUAAAAUUAGAUUUUGAAGUAAUAGCAUAUUUGAAACCCAAAAUUAAGGGUAUAUAAAUUAACAAUAAUUUUAGAAAUCAACGAAAUAUUGAGCUGCAAAGAUUUUUCGCUAAAAAAAUUCCCAUAACAUCUAAAUCUUUAAUGUUAACAUAUGAAUUAAAGAGCUGCAUAUUGA